GAGCUCAAAAUAACUUGCGUGAUGUUUCCUCUGCAAGAUGCUUUCACAAGUUUUUAUAUUAAAGUUUUAUCUAUAUUUCAUCAAAACGUAUUCCCGGAGUUUUCUGUGAUGCAACAAUCAGAUGUAUCGGAAUCAGACUACGGAGGUUACGUUAUACAUCCUUCACUGCAAGUUGUGAUUUUCGGUUUAGAGAAGAGCAUACACUAUCAUAUAGGAGAGAUAAUACUCUCUUCAAUUAAGUCAUGUCGUGAGAGACGCAAGCGCAUCACAUCAUUUGAGCAGAAGGCGGAUGGGGCCUUUCUUGUACGGCUAAAGAGAUCUACUAUUGAGGUUGGACAUUUAGAAAUGAGCGGUGGGUACGGACACAAAGAUCUUCCUAGAUCAACGUGGGACGGAUGUU